AGGCUAGAUAGACAUAUCUUGAAUUUCUUUGCUCUCUUGGUAUGUCCAAGCACCUCUCCUACCUUUCCCAGUGCCACCUUCUUAAAAACUUUCUUUCACUUUCUUUUUUAAUGACAUGAUCAUAAUCACAUUGAAAAAACAUGACCUACAACAGAAAGCUUUGUUAUUCACAGGACUAGGUGUGCAGUGUGGCAGGCUUCAAAUUCAUCAAUCAGCUUUGGCAACUCCAUAAAAUCCACGGAAUUGUUUAACUAUUACUUCAUCUUAUCUUUUUUUCCACUCACUACUUUUCCCUGAGUGGCAUUUGAGGAUGGCACGUUGUAUGGUUAGCUGGCUUCCCCAGAAAAGCCAGUUAAAGCAGCUGCUGACGUGCCCGGUCUGCCAGGACAUCUUUGAGGACCCGCGCCAGCUGCCCUGCGGUCACAGCCUCUGCAUGAGGUGCCUCGACGGCAUGUUGAAGUCCCGGUCCUUGGGUCAGCCUUUCUCUUGCCCCAACUGCAGGGCGUGCUUUGGGCCUCUGAUUGGCGUGCACAAGAGUUACACUUUACACAGCAUCGUGGAGGACUUCAAUGCAGCGUCACACCAGGAAGAAAAAAAACCGAGAGAACAGUCUGAUCAUGUCAACUAUAACAGAGUCCUGUUUCUACUGCUGGCCGUCACAAUUAUCUGUAUUUGCAAUGCUUUCCUGUGCUCUGUGGAGAACCACACUCUUACUGAAACAGUACAGAGGCAACACACUUUACUUCUGAGGUAUCAUCCAGAGAUAACUGAUCUUACCCUGAACAAAGACACUGCCAGCCCCUAUCUGGUUAUGUCACAAGACCUUCUGACAGUACAGCGGGUCAAUGACGAACAGCUCUACCCCCCACAUCCUGCACGCUUCACUGAGGCGCCCCAGGUCCUGUCCACCCAGUGUGUGUCCAGUGGCAGCCACUACUGGGAACUGGAGGCUGAGGGCUACUGGGACAUUGCAGUGGCCUACGAGAGCAUCAGCAGGAAGACAAGAUUUGGUUCCUUCGGAAAUAAUCAGGAAUCUUGGAGUCUCACGCAUGACAGAAAAGGGCGACUCUUUGCCUACCAUGAGGGGGUUAAGGUGAAGAUCUCCAAGUCCCUGAUGCACAACAGAGUUGGGGUGGUCGUGGAUUUCCAGAAAGGCGCCAUCACGUUCAAUGAGGUGGGGGCCAUGUGGAACCACCUGCACACAUUUAAAGCCAGUCUCAAUCAGCCCGUGUGCCUCGGACUUGGUCUGUACAAGGCAGGCCUCCAUACCAGGAUCUCUGUAAAAAAAAACCUGUAGUCCGGACACCAGACACCUACCCAGACUCAAUGCUCAAGCGGGUUGCCAGGUUGAGUACACUAAAUCUACACGAACGAGCGCAAGACGAGCUCAACAUUAAACUUUGACAAUGGCAAUCAACGACGAGUCCUACACUAUAAGUAGAUCAGCUAAUGUAUACAUUUGCAGUGUAAUUAGCAGCAGUAAUUAAAAGAGAGAAAUAUAAUUAAGUUUAGAGAUCAAUAAUUGGCAAAUGAAAAUUGAAAGUACUCUUUGCAAACCAUGCACAGCAUGAUCCCGUGGUCUGUGGGUACAGUGUGAACCCCAAACAAUGAGCUGAGCCUAUGUUCGCUUAAAAGGGGAAAAAUGUGUUGUUUUCAUUUACAAUUAUUCUUUUAGCACUUUCAUCCAAACAUCUUGCCGUACAUAUGCAUGUUUUUUCUUCUUUUUAACAGUGUGUGUGCACCACAGGCUACCAAAUCUAUGACCUUGGUGCUGUUAGCACCUUACUCUACCAGUUGAGCUACAGUAGUACUUUUGAAUUAAACUACAGGACAGUCUCUAGUCAUGAAUCUCAGGUAUUGAAUGAAGUACAGCUGUUAAAUGAUGCUUGAUUUUUGUUCUUAGUUGAAACUCUCAUUUUUGUUGUAGCAAUAAAAUGUAUAUUCUUUCAUAAGUCCCU